CCAGACAGCAAGAUUGAAGCAGCCUAGCCAGACCCUUCUGUGGAUUAAAAGAAAUACGGUUUUUUUAUUUUUUUUUAUUUUUGGCAGAAGGAAAGGAAGACCGGCGAGGUUCUGCAAGGAAAAAAAAAAAGGGGGGGGAUGUAACUCGUGGAUACGUUUUUUUUCUCCACCCCUCCAACAUCUUGUUUUACUUUGUAAACAUUUUCUCUUUUAAACCCGGGCUCCAUCCGGUGGCCCCCCAGACCUCCGAGGUGCCAGGAGGCGUGUUUUUUUUUCAUUGGGAGCUUUGCAUAUUUGGUUUUGGGUUUUUUAUUUUUAUUUUUUUUAGAGACCCUACAGACGUCUCACGCGGGGUGAAGUCUACUUUGCCCUCUCCCUCUACGUGUGCACAGAAUUCGAGGAGAUCCGGUUACUAAGGAUAUAGAAGAAAAAAAAAUAAAUCGUGUGCCUGCUUUUUUUUUUUUUUAAUUGCCUGCUUCUCCCCACCCCCAAAUUAAGUUGCUUAGCAAGGGGGAAAGAGGCUUUUUCCUCCCUCCAGUAGCUCAGCCUAAAGCCUUUCAUUUUUUUGCUCCCGAGGAUCUUCCAUGUAGGAAGCCGAGGCUGGCGAGCCCGACACUCGGGUGCCACUGUAGGGGGGCCUCUUUUGGGGGAGUCGUCCACCGGGGCAGUCUCGGCCGCCCCCAGGGAAGCGGCGGCCGCGUUCCUCCGGGGCGCGCCGGGGCCCGAGAGCCGCGCAGGGCGCGGGCCGCGCCGGGUGGGGCAGCCGAAGCGCAGGCCCCCGAUCCCGGGCGGGCGCCCCUGGGCCCCCGCGCGCGCCCCGGCCUCCGGGAGACUGGCGCAUGCUACGGAGCGCCCCUCGGGCCGCCGCCGCUCCUGCCCGGGCCCCUGCUGUUGCUGCUGUCGCCUGCGCCUGCUGCCUCAACUCGGCGCCCGACUUCUUCAUGGUGUGCGGAGGUCAUGUUCGCUCCUUAGCCGGCAAACGACUUUUCUCCUCGCCUCCUCGCCCCGCAUGUUCAGGACCAAACGAUCUGCGCUCGUCCGGCGUCUCUGGAGGAGCCGUGCGCCCGGCGGCGAGGACGAGGACGAGGGCGUGGGGGGUGGCGGCGGCGGAGGAGGCGAGCUGCGGGGAGAAGGGGCGACGGACGGCCGGGCUUAUGGGGCUGGUGGCGGCGGCGCGGGCAGGGCUGGCUGCUGCCUGGGCAAGGCGGUCCGAGGUGCCAAAGGUCACCACCAUCCCCAUCCCCCAACUUCGGGUGCAGGGGCGACCGGGGCCGCCGAGGCGGAUCUGAAGGCGCUCACGCACUCGGUGCUCAAGAAACUCAAGGAGCGGCAGUUGGAGCUGCUGCUCCAGGCCGUGGAGUCCCGCGGCGGUACGCGCACCGCGUGCCUCCUGCUGCCCGGCCGCCUGGACUGCAGGCUGGGCCCGGGGGCGCCCGCCAGCGCGCAGCCCGCGCAGCCGCCCUCGUCCUACUCGCUCCCCCUCCUGCUGUGCAAAGUGUUCAGGUGGCCGGAUCUCAGGCAUUCCUCGGAAGUCAAGAGGCUGUGUUGCUGUGAAUCUUACGGGAAGAUCAACCCGGAGCUGGUGUGCUGCAACCCCCAUCACCUUAGUCGACUCUGCGAACUAGAGUCUCCCCCUCCUCCUUACUCCAGAUACCCAAUGGAUUUUCUCAAACCAACUGAUUCCCAACUUCUUCUGGAACCUGGGGAUCGGUCACACUGGUGCGUGGUGGCAUACUGGGAGGAGAAGACGAGAGUGGGGAGGCUCUACUGUGUCCAAGAGCCCUCCCUGGAUAUCUUCUAUGAUCUACCUCAGGGGAAUGGCUUUUGCCUGGGACAGCUCAAUUCGGACAACAAGAGUCAGCUGGUACAGAAAGUGCGGAGCAAGAUUGGCUGUGGCAUCCAGCUGACGAGGGAGGUGGAUGGCGUGUGGGUGUACAACCGGAGCAGCUACCCCAUCUUCAUCAAGUCCGCCACACUGGACAACCCGGACUCCAGGACGCUGUUGGUGCAUAAGGUUUUUCCUGGCUUCUCCAUCAAGGCUUUCGACUACGAGAAAGCAUACAGCCUGCAGCGGCCCAACGACCAUGAGUUCAUGCAGCAGCCGUGGACGGGCUUCACCGUGCAGAUUAGCUUCGUGAAGGGCUGGGGCCAGUGCUACACCCGCCAGUUCAUCAGCAGCUGCCCGUGCUGGCUGGAGGUCAUCUUCAACAGCCGGUAGUGGUGUGGGGAGAAGAGGACAGGACGGAUCGUGAGCCGAGCAGGCCACCAUUCAAACUACUUGCUGCUAACCUUUCCCUCCCGAGUGCUUGCUUCUCAUGCAAACUCUUUGGUCGGUUUUGUUGUUACCAUUGUUGGUUGUUUUGUUUUGUUUUUUUUUGUUUUUGUUUUUUUUUCUCCCUUCUCGUCGUUCUUAUUUGUGUUUUGUUUGUCUUGUUUGAGAAAUGGCUUAUGAUGAAUUUUUUGUUUUGGGUUUUUUUUUAAGGUGGUGGGUGUGGUUGACAGGAUACCCUGAUAUGAAAACGGGAAGCAAAAGUCAGCACUGCCAAAUACGGUAUAUGAAAGUGGGUACUGCCUUCCCUUUCAUCUGCAUCGUCAGGAGUGGAUGUUCAAGUGUGUAGGGGUGUGUGUGAGCGGCAGAUGGGGAAAUGCUUUCUGUGUUCCUUAUGGAUGUCCCCAGCUGAGAGUCUGCGGUUUCAAGCUGUGUGUCUCUCCAGCCCUUUGGACAUGCUCAGUGGGGCAGAGGCAGUACCUGGGCAGACUGGGCAGCAGGUGUCCCAGCAGCUGCCAGACUUUGCCCCGGCCUGCUGAAGCCCCUGCCCCGCCCCCCCCCCCUUUAGGACGCGGGCCUAUCCACAGGCUUCUGAGAAGCCAGCCUGCUAGAGGCUGAACCAGAACCAAUUGUUUUCUCCCCUGUCACCCGCUAGCUACCAUUGUCACGUCUGUCGUUUUUUUGGCCAUCUGCUCCAGGAUCUCUCUCUUGAGAUGGGCUUCCCAAGGGCUGCAGGGACAGCCCUGUCACAGUAUUGCUAACCCAGGACCCUCGGGCCCUUCAGCUGGUCCCCCUGCUGUGGUUUUUCAUCAGGCUCUCCCACAUGUGGAGAGUCAGCUCUGCACCCCCAUGCCCAGGGUGCGUGUUGAGCUCUGUAGACCAGGGAGGGGCAUCCCGGGGAGGGAACUGCUCAUGGCCGCCUUCCCACCACGAAGGGUGUGGCCUGUCGUGGCGAAGGUACCAUCCUAGGCUGGUCCCCAGCUCUUCUCUCAGCUCAUACACUCGUAUGAUACUUUGACACUGUUCUUAGCUCAAUGAGCAUGUUUAGACUUUAACAUAAGCUAUUUUUCUAACUACAAAGGUUUAAAUGAACAAGAGAACCCUUCUCAUUGGAAAUUUAGCAUUGUAGUGCUUCGAGAGAGAAAGGACUCCUUAAAAAAAAAAGCUGAGAUUUAUUAAAGAAAAAUGUAUUUUAUGUUAUAUAUAAAUAUAUUAUUACUUGUAAAUAUAAAGACGUUUUAUAAGCAUCAUUAUUUAUGUAUUGUGCAAUGUGUAUAAACAAGAAAAAUAAGAAAAGAUGCACUUUGCUUUAAUAUAAAUGCAAAUAACAUGCCAAAUUAAAAAAGAUAAACACAAGAUUGGUGUUCUUUUCUAUGGGUGUUAUCACCUGGCUGAAUGUUUUUCUAAAGGAGUUUAUGUUCCAUUAAACAAUUUUUAAAAUGUAUACUUCA